AUGGCCAACCGCAACGCCCAAGAACUCGCCGAGAGCGUGCUCUCCCUCUACGACGUGAGUUCGGACCGAGACGCCACCAUCGCCAAGCACUACCUGCCCGACGCCGUGUUCACGGACCCCGUCGUGUCUGUGCAAGGAGUGGACAACAUCCAAGCGCAGUUUCGCGUCCUGUCUACAUUCAUCAAGUCGAGCAAAGCGACGCUCGUGCGCGGGUCCAUGGCCGGCGCCUCGGUGCUCACGAUCGACAGCUCGAUGGUCUACCGGCUCAAACCCGUGCCCAGUCUGAUGAAGAUUGUGCUGCGGGUCUUUUCCGUGCUCGAGCUCAAGAACGGGCGCAUCGCCUCGCACACGGACCACUAUGACUUUUACUCGGUGCUGACGAACGUGCCGUUCGUGGCGUUUUUCUAUGGCCAUUUCCGCCCCAUGUUUGGGACCGCCACUUCGGCGGUGAUCAAGCGACUCAUGCCGCCUCAGAGGAAACUGAUUCCGGCGGGGGCCAGCAAAGAAGCAGAAGGGACGGAGAACAAUGGCGCGGUCGCGGUGGGAGCCUCGACGUAG